CAACAUGGUGGAAUUCCACCUACAUGGCUCUUGAAAGGCUUGGUGAGCUCGAACGGCCAAUUAAAUGGCUAACCAAUGACCUUGAAAAUUCAAACAACAAUGAUCAUCAUCAUGAUGGUGUUAAUAUUCGUGACAAGUUAUUAUCAAAUGAAGAAUUCAAUGUUGUACAGGCUCUUGUUAAACUUUUAUGCCCAUUUGAUAAGGCCACUGAAAUUCUUUCCAGAUCGAAUUAUGCUACAUUAAGUAUCAUGGUUCCAACAAUUGAAGAAUUAGUUUAUCGGCUAAAUAAUACAAAUAGUGAUUUCAGUAUUGUAAAUAAA